ACACACUUCACCCUCCAUCUCUCUCUCUCUCUCUCUCUAGCUUCUCCUUCCAUUCUUCUCCAUCUAUCAUCUCUUAUGGCUGCUUUGCUAUGGCACCGUGUUGUUGUUGCCAUUGCUACUGGAGUGGUAGUAUUAGCGACUCUAGGUAAUGGAGGGGGAGGAAUAAGGACUUGUGGAGCAACACAAGGGGUUCACCAUGUGGUUGGUGGUGAUCCUGGGUGGGACGCCGCUACUGACAUUGCUGCCUCGCCCGUUAACAGGAUAUUCAGGGUUGGAGAUAGGAUUUGGUUCGCAUACUCUGCAGCUGAAGAAAGCAUCACCGAGCUGCGUAGCAGGGAGGAAUUUGAGUCAUGCGAUCUUCGCAAUCCCAUUAAGAUGUUCACAGAAGGGUUAACCAAAGUGAGCCUUGAUGUGGAAGGAUCACGCUAUUUCACGAGCAGCAAUCCGAACAACUGCAAGAAUGGUCUCAAACUGCAUGUUGAAGUGCAGCCUCAGGCAGCAGCACAAAAGGAGAAGAAGAUGGAGGACGUUGCUCGAGCCGCGGCUGAAGGGCCCAAGCCUUCUGGUUCAAACUGUUACCAGGGUUCAUCACUGAUGUGGUUCGCGUCGGCUUUGAUCUAUUUCAUGUGCUUCCCAAGGAUUUGAGGAUGGCCGUAGGCAUCGUUUCGCCUUUGACACUGUUGAGUUCGUUCUUAAAUUACCUGUACCUGUGAUGUCCUGAUUUGAGCUUUCAUGGCUGGUCGAAACAACUGUUUUAAAUUUCUGCAUAUGAAUUUGAUAUCUCAAAGGAAGGAUACGAUAAGAACA